AUCACUUCUUUUCAUUAAAGAUGUUUUUAAAUGAUUGGUUAACCUAAUCUAUAAAUAUGCAGAUUGUGUUGUGGUUUAUCAGUUAAUCGCAGUAUUACAUGACUUAAGACACAGUGCACGGCAUUGGUUAAAUUGAUACAACUAUUUUUUAUACAUAUAUGUACUUAUGUACACACAUAUAUCUAUAUAAAUCAGUUUUAUAUACAUAUAUUUAUACAUAUAUGCUCGUUUAAGUAUAUUGUGAAAUAUAAAAAUAUUUUGCUUUGCGACUGUGCACAAGGUAGCAUUUAUUAUAUUGAGCCUUCUUGCAUUGCAUGAAUGUAUAUAAGUUAGUGCUGGAAAUAUGCGUGAAUUCAAAGUUGUUGUGCUUGGCUCCGGCGGAGUGGGCAAAUCGGCGCUGACUGUUCAAUUUGUAUCUGGAUGCUUCAUUGAAAAAUACGAUCCAACAAUUGAAGACUUUUAUCGCAAGGAAAUAGAGGUCGACAGCUCCCCUUGUGUCUUAGAAAUUUUAGAUACUGCUGGAACAGAGCAAUUUGCCUCAAUGAGAGAUCUCUACAUAAAGAAUGGACAUGGUUUUAUUGUUAUGUAUUCACUGACGAACCAUCAAACAUUUCAGGAUAUUUCGAGUAUGAAAAAUGUAAUUACUCGCGUUAAAGGAAGUCAACCAGCACCUAUAUUACUAGUCGCGAAUAAAUUUGAUUUAGAUUGCCAAAGAGAAGUGGCUACUGCUGAAGGUAAUGCCUUAGCACAGCUUUGGGAAUGCCCGUUUAUUGAAGCAUCAGCGAAAGAUCGAAUAAACGUGAAUGAAGUAUUUGCCACCAUUGUUAGAGAGAUGAAUUUAACACAAGAAAAGCGGCAAAAAAAGAAAUAUUGUUGUUGUACGCUUUUAUAGAAAUUGUACAAUUUUAAGAUUAUUAUACAUAGUUAAAAAUAAAAUCACUAAUAUUUAAUGGAUAAAGUAAGAAAACA